UUGGUUAGUAUCUUAAAUUAAAUGAAUGUUCAAUUUUAAUUUUAUUUAUUUGUCAGCCUUUAAAAUGGAAAACACGUCUAUUUUUAUAUUUUUUUACUUCGCAAAUCUAAUUGCUUUGAAUGUUGUUAUGACGAAAAUUAUACAUUGUCCAGGUCAAUGUGUAAAUUUGAAGAGAAUUGAGCAGAAUUAUCACUAACUUGUAAUUCUGGAGUUAAAUUGUCACUACCUUCGUUAGUAGCAAUAUUUCCAA